AAACUAAUGAAUGAUGCACGUAUAUAGACUUAAAGACCCGAAUCUCUCGUUAGGUGACCAGUGACCCAUGCAACCGAAUGAAUCUAAAUGGGACCAUCCGACCCGGUUUGGUCCCUACCCAUGCUACUCUCUAUUGGCCUUCACGUGAGGCUCCAUAAGCCAAGUUUCAUGCACCCCAUCCGCCGGAAAUUAAACCUCCGGCCACCUAAGCUUGUCUGCUUUCUGAUUUUGUCCCAAGUCUCUUAUGUUUGCCACGUGGACACUUUGCUCCUUUCUUCUAUCCUUCUUGGCCACGUUUUCAUCUCCAGUUUUACCAAUCUACCCCUUACAUUUCCUUUAAAUUACUCCUUCCUUAACGUAUCUAAAGUAUACAGAAGAGGGUAUGUUUUGUAAUUUCAUUUAGACAAUUAUAUUACGUGAGCUGUGGUCCUGUCUGAUUAUGAACACUACACGACAAAAACCUAACGUUACUUGAAGUUUCCGAAUCACGAGGCUCACUUAUUCUUCUUCUUCUUUCUUCUCUAAAUAUAUAAAGCCACACGAGGAGUUUGUAUCUCUUUCAAAAACACAGACGAGAUCUUCUCUCUAUCUACAAACUUUCUAAAAGUCACGAGUCAACUCAACGAGUUACGUUUCAAAGGCAACACAGAGUUACGUACGUACAAAGAAGUACUAAAACAAUGGGAGCUUGCGGUUCACGUGAAUCUCGGAGAACGGAGACGGCGAAGCUGAUAUUACCAGACGGAACGUUACAAGAGUUUUCAACGCCGGUGAAAGUGUGGCAGAUUCUUCAAAAGAAUCCUACGAGCUUUGUUUGUAACUCCGAUGAUAUGGAUUUCGACGACGCCGUUUUAGCUGUUGCUGGCAGCGAAGAUCUCCGGCCAGGAGAAUUAUACUUUGUUUUACCGUUGACAUGGCUCAACCAUCCAUUAAGAGCAGAUGAAAUGGCAGCUUUAGCGGUUAAAGCAAGCUCUGCGCUUGCGAAAAGCGGUGGAGGCGGUUUGAGUUACAACGAUGAAGAUGUAGGUGAGUGUAGAGUUAAAAGAGUUAAAAGAAAUGGUUGCGGCGGAAGAGGUUGUGGUGGUGGUGGUGGUGGUAAAGGGAGGAGAAAGUUUACGGCGGAGUUGAGUUCAAUAGCUGAGUAGAGGGGUUAAAUUGGUUAGUCAAUGUGUAAAUUGUAAUUAGAAAGCUUCACCUUUUUCUUUCUUUUUACCUUAAAAAGAUAUAAAGUUGAUUUCGUUAUUUAAUGCAAGUAUACAUAGAAAUGACCAAAUUGAGAGACUUUCACGUGGAUGAAGUGUACAAAAGCUACUAAUAAAUUGCAUUUAGGGGUAAAUAUCAU